GGUGAGUUUACAACUCACUGUUGGGUCCAAGGUUCAACUAGGGUCCAAGCAAUAUGAUGAAGAUCAAGAGGAGCCUCUGGCUUCUCUGCCUUUUGGCUGUGGGGAUCACAGCCCGCCCCGAUAGCGCUGAGCCGGCAUCAUCACCAGUGAGUGACGAAAUCAGAUCCGCGCAAUUGCUCGGAUCUUCAUCAUUAGAAUCAGACGAAGCAGCAGAUACCCCAGAUGACUCAGAAUCCAACGAAAGUCGCAUGUUCAACCCUGACGAACUAAUCAGCUUCGCUCCGGAGCUGUUACAAAAAUGCCGUACGGAAGGUGACAUGUACUAUGAGAAGAAGGGCGGCAUAUGCUAUGUAUGCGCUUGCUUCAACAACAUAGGACGCUUGUACUCCAAGUGUGCACCUUGCAACCUAUGCCCACCGGCACAGCUACCUGUACCUUUCCCGAGUCCAGAAAUUGUCGAAUUAGUUUUACCACAAUCAGAAGUUGUUCCUUCGCCGCUUCCUAAUCUACCAGUUAUCAUAUCACCAGUACCACCUGCUCCAGAAUCUCAUGUACACUCUGACGCGCACGCAGAAGUUCUGCCAAUACCUCUGCCUCCUGUACCAGGGCCACCAGCAACUCCAGAGCCUCGCCCUCUUCCUCCAUCACCGCUGCCAGUGUUACCGAUACCGUUACCACAGCCGCUGCCGUUGCCGCCAGUGCAGCCGUUGCCGAUACCACUGCCGCCACUCCCACCACUCCCACCAUUCCCAAUACCUCGCAUUGAACCCAUUCCUCCACCGCCCCCUGCACCUAAGCCGAAACCUCAGCCAUCGGAGAUAUUGUACUGUCCACCUCCUAUGUUCAUACCUGGACCACCGCGUCCAUACCCAGUACCGGUACCAGUCCCAGGUAAACCCAUAUUGGUACCUGUACCCGUACCUGUACCUGUUCCGGCUGAAAAGAUUUUCAUUCGCGGGCCAUCCGUACCUGUCCCAGUACCAGUGGAGAAGAAAGUAGCUGUACCAUACCCAGUUGACAGGCCGUAUCCAGUACCCUCCCCGGCUAAAUUGGUACCCUACCCUGUACCAAUCAUAAAGAACGUGCCAGGACCUGAAGUGAAAGUACCGGUACCUGUACCAUCUCCUCCUAUCCGAGUACCUUACGCGGUGAAUCGCUACAUCACUGUUCCUGGCAAAGAUAGACUUAUACCUGUACCAGUACCUGUACCUGUACCUGUUAAAGUACCUGGAGAAACUAAAUACUACCCAGUACCGGUCAUCCUAUACGUAGCUCCCGAAUGCAGGACACAAAAACCGCUGGUACCAUUCCGCGUGCCAUCCGAACCUUGCGUGAUCUUCGUCUGCAAAGUUGUGUACAACUACGUCUACAUCGAAUCGCAACCUGACCCCAAAUGCGUAAUAGUACCAUCAGACGACUCGGUAGCACCACCACCACCACUAAUCAGUCCCGGUUGGGGUUCAUCCACAUCUAUAGCUAAUGCUAAUGCUAACGCUGGCUCCAGUGGGUACGGAUCUAGUGACGCCAGCGCAUCAGCCAAUGCAAAUGCAAAUUCUGGUGGUUUAUAUCCAGGAGCCUACGGUCCCUAUGGCUUUUUCCCUGGUUCCAGUUCCAGUGCGUCAGCUGAUGCUUCAGCCAACUCUGGAAGCGGAGGCUACGGAGGAUUAAAUUGGGGUAGCGCUAAUGCUAAUGCCGCUGCAAAUGCCGCAACCAACGCUGGUUAUGGAAGUGGAUACAGUUCAGCAGACGCUCAAGCCGCAGCUAAUGCCGGAUCUGCAGGUUUACUAGGUGGAUGGAGUCUAGCUGACGCGCAAGCAGCAGCUAAUGCCGCAACAUCAGGCUACGGAGGCGGAUACAGUUCAGCAGACGCUCAAGCUACCGCUAAUGCUGGAUCAUCAGGUUUAGGAGGUGGAUGGAGUUUGGCUGACGCGCAAGCCGCUGCCAAUGCUGGAUCAUCAGGCUACGGAAGCGGAUAUAGCCUAGCGGAUGCCCAAGCCGUAGCUAACGCCGGAUCAGCAGGCUAUGGAGGCGCAUAUGGUUUGGCAGAUGCUCAGGCAGCAGCUACUGCUGGUUAUGGCAGUGGAUACAGCUUGGCAGACGCUCAAGCUGCAGCAAAUGCAGCGGGCUAUGGAAAUGGAUACAGUUCGGCAGACGCAAACGCUGCUGCUAAUGCUGCAACUAAUUCUGGCUAUGGACCAGUGAUAAGUAGCUAUGGAGGAGCAAACGCUAAUGCCGCUGCUAAUGCAGCAACUAAUACAUGGUUAAAUGGCUAUGGGGUAGCAAACGCAAACGCUGCUGCUAAUGCUGCAACUAAUUCUGGCUAUGGACCAGUGAUAAGUAGCUAUGGAGGAGCAAACGCUAAUGCCGCUGCUAAUGCAGCAACUAAUACAUGGUUAAAUGGCUAUGGAGUAGCAAACGCAAACGCUGCUGCUAAUGCUGCAACCAACGCUGGCUAUGGAGGUGGAUACAGUUCAGCCGACGCGCAAGCCGCAGCUAAUGCCGCAUCAUUAGGGUACGGAGGUGGUUACAGUUCAGCAGACGCUCAAGCUGCCGCUAAUGCAGGAUCAUCAGGCUUUGGCGGUGGAUGGAGUUUGGCUGAUGCCCAAGCUGCUGCCAAUGCUGGAUCAUCAGGCUACGGAGGAGGAUGGAGUUCAGCCGACGCGCAAGCCGCUGCCAAUGCUGGAGCAUCAGGUAUUGGAGGUGGAUACAGUUUGGCAGAUGCCCAAGCUGCAGCUAAUGCCGGAUCAUCAGGCAUAGGUGGCGGAUGGAGUUUGGCUGACGCGCAAGCUGCUGCUAAUGCCGCAUCAGGCGUUGGUGGGUACGGAGGCUACAGUGAUGCUAAUGCUGCAGCACAAGCUAUAACUAACGCCGGAUCUGGUUAUGGAGGAGGUUACAGUAUCGCAGAUGCCCAAGCAGCAGCCAACGCUGGAGGAUAUGGUGGCUUGGGAGGUUACAGCGAUGCAAGUGCCGCUGCACAGGCAGCUGCCGCCGGCUAUGGUGGAUAUGGAAAUGCUAAUGCUGCUGCUCAAGCUGCUGCUCAAGCUGCUGCUAACGGUUAUGGUGGAUACGGAGGCUACGGUGAUGCCAGUGCAGCUGCCGCUGCCGCUGCUGCUGCUGCUGCCGCCGGCGGCUAUGGAGGCUACGGUGAUGCCAGUGCCGCUGCUGCCGCCGCUGCUGCAGCUGCUGCCGCCGGCGGCUAUGGAGACGCUGGUGCAGCGGCUGCGGCUGCUGCAGCUGCCGCUGCUGCUGCCGGAGCAGGCUAUGGAGACGCUAGUGCAGCGGCUGCGGCUGCCGCGGCUGCUGCAGCUGCGGGUGGUGCAGGCGGCUUCGGAGAUGCAAGUGCAGCUGCCGCCGCCGCCGCUGCCGCUGCAGCAAAUGCUAAUGGCUAUGGUGGCUAUGGAGGAUCAAACGCAAUUUCUCAAGCAUUGGCGAACGCUGGCUUCGGCAUUCGAAGCGGGGAACCAGAUGACCAGUCUAGAUCCGGACAGUUAGAUGAAUCAGAUGAUCUUAUAGCUUCACAAGAAGCUAGGAAGAAACGUAACACUGAGCAACGCAAACCCAAUCUCAGAAUGAGAGCCUAAACCGAAUAUCAGGAACUUUCUAGACUUACCACAAGUCAACACAAUGAUCUCUCGACAAACAUGGCAUGAAUCUGAAAUCGAUUUAGUUUAAAUUUAAUUGAAGCAUCUAGAAAAUGACGAGCAAACUUCAUACUUAUAUGUAUCUAUAAUAAAGCAUUCAGUGGGUUACAA